AUGGCCACUUCCACACCAGGAGCUACUUCACAGAAAGAUGCACAGCAACUCUCUCCAGCAAAAAGAGUGCCUCGUCGCCGAAAAAAGAAACCACUAACGCCUAGGCAAAAACUUGUACAAGACAGUGCACAACAACGAUUUAAGAUAGAAAAAUUAGUGUUUGUAUGGCAAGAGAAACUCUUUUCGCAACCCAAAGUGACGAUGGAUACGUUACAGAGAGCAGCGACUUAUCUACAACCUAAAACGUACGAAGAAGUCGUUGAAGAGCGUGUAGUGCAAGAAUGGUGUGGUUAUCCCAUUUGCGAUGAUACAGCAAGAACAGGUGUACUCAACAAGUUCAAGAUAUCUUUAUCCGAACGCAAAAUAGUCGACCAGACUGAGCAAGCUAAUUACUGUUCGGAGGAAUGUUAUCGAAAGUCAAAGUAUUAUAUAUUGCAAUUGUCUACGGAACCUGUAUGGUUUCGCGAUCUGAACGUUCCGUCAGACGUUCAUAUUAUAAAAAAAGAAGAAGAUUUCAGAUCGGCCAUCGAUCGACAAAGAAAGCGAUUAAAAGCCAAGAAGUCAAAAGAGGAGAUCAGAAAAGAUUACUUGCAGAAAUUAUUGGGCCGCCUUCCAAAUGAUACAGACAAUCAAUUUCAAAUUGUUGAGAAAUCGGGCAUUCCAAUAGCAGUUGAUACGCAACAGGCUGGGUUACAUGAUUGUAUUGAGGGAUAUCGGAUAGAAUUGAAAAAUGACAGUAAUAAACCAACUACCAUCAUUUUAAAGAAAGAAAAGAAGAGCGAAAAAACAGAGGCCAGUAAGGAUGAAGCGUAUAAAGUAGAUGGAGAGAAAAAGAUGCAGGAAAUCGAUUCAGUGGAUCCAGAAGAUCCAGAGGCUCUUUUUGAGACAAUGAUGAUGUUAAAGAGCAUGGAUUUGGAUAAAGAAGAUCAGACGGCCGAAAAGAUGGGUCAGCAGCCUGUCAAAAAGAGGCCAGCUGCUGAGGAAAAGAUGCCCAAGGAAAAUAGCAUUAUCAGUAAGCCUCUUCAAUGCUUAGACACUGGUCAUGGUGAGCCGCAACAAAACUUAAAGUCACAAUCGCCUGCUAACAAGGUACCCACAAAGGAUACUAAAAAGAAGCAACAUCGCAAUGUUCCAGAACUGUCUUUGUUCGGUACCAUUUGGACCUUGUUAGAUAGGCUAACUACAAAGGCGACUCGAGUAUAUUUGAAUGAAUUGGAGUCAACAAAACAACGCCUAGAUAUACCCGCAUUAUUGAAAGAGCAUGAUUUAAUAGAUGAAGAAGCAGCUCUUUUAAGAGCACAAGUAUUUAGUGAGCAAAUCAUUGAAUCUUACCAGAUGAUUCAAAUACAACUGGGUAUCAAAGAAAAUCUACAAGACGACAUAUUGAAUGUCAUUCGAACGUUCCGUUUUUCAGACGCAACCAUGGCCUCGCUGAAUGCUGCCCAAUGUUAUAUGAUGACGUUAGUUAUCAUGAAGCCAAUAGCGGAUAGCUUAUUGGAUGAUGAUCGCUGGAUAGAAGGAUUCAAGGAUUGUUGUAAAGUGGUUGAUCAGUCUGUUGAUAUGGUAGAUGCUUGUGUGCGGGUUCUGAAAGUUGCUAGUACAUAG